UCUCAUUUAUUUGAAAGAGAUGGCAGAAGCUUUGGUGAAGUUCUUCCUACAGAGAUUGAAUUCUCUACUACGACAAACAAUCGAAAUCUUCUACGGACUUGAACAUCAAAUGGAGUGUCUAAUAACCACACUUGGGGAUAUCUUAAAGUUUUCUGGUGAACUAUGGAGUGCAAAAGCCGAUGCUAGCACUUCUAGUUGGAUAAAUGUCCUGAGAGAUAUAAUUCGAGACGCAGAUGAUCUGAUAGAUGAAUUCAUCAUUCAGAUGGAUCAGCAAAGGUCGUCUGAUAGGUCUGAGUUGACCAAGAGCUUCGCAAAUGGAUUGCAGGAAAUAGUAUCUCGUCUUGCCAGAACUAUCCACAAAAUGGAAGAACUGAAAAAUUCAAGUACUGUCAAAGGAGACAAUGAAUCUGAUAUAAAUAACCCUCAGGAGAUAGAAGAAGGUCAGACAUCAGCACAAGGAAAACCCAGUGCCAUUGGAGGAGAGGAGAAAGAUAACGAGGAAAACUCUCCUGAAACUGAAGGAAGCCAGACAGCAGAAGCCAAAAAUUCAAUUACCAUUGAAGAGGAAGAUAACAAGGAAAGCUCUCAUGAAAUAGGAGGCCAGACAGCAUCACCGGCUGCUUCUCAAGUCCUGAUGAAUUAUACUGACUUACCUUAUUACCUUCAAUCCUGUUUGAUGUAUUGUUGUAUCUUCCCCAUCAAUCACCGAAUAAGCAAAGGGAAACUGAUUCGAUUAAUGGUGGCCGAAGGCCUGGCACAAGAAAAGCCAGGGCAAUUAAUGGAGGAUACAGCGCAAGAAAACAUCAGCGAACUAAUCAACCAGGGAAUAAUCCAAGUCAAGGAUGAACACAUAGGAGAGGGGGCUUAUUUGACUGUCAACCCUCAUUGGCAUGAAAUCAUUCUUUGCAAGAUGGAGGAAGAAAACUUCAUUACUGCAUUUACCGGUGCACAUUCUUUAAUUCCCCAUACUGCCCACCAUGUUUCAGUUUAUUCAAACCUGACAACAGUUGCACCCCAAUUAAAAAAUGUCCGCCCUCGAGGUUUGUUCUUCUUGGGGAGUCAAGAUCUCUCUAGAGACCAUGGGAAUUGGUUAAAUUUCAAUGGGGCAAAAUUUUUACGGAUCCUCGAUCUAGAACGUACAAAGAUCAAGAGAUUACCAGAUGAAGUGGGAGACCUGAUACACCUGACAUAUAUUGGCUUAAAGCACACAGAUAUAAAUGAGCUUCCACCAAGCCUUGGUAAUUUACGAGCCCUGCAAACUUUGGACCUCAAAUACUGUGGGGACCUUGCAGCACUGCCACACGAGGUCCUAAGCCUGGUACAAUUGAGGCACAUCAAAAUGUACAAGAGAUUAAAUGUUGGUGGAGUGAAGCUACCACCAGGAAUUGAGAGGUUGAGAAAUAUUUUGAGCCUCACAGGUAUAAAUGCUGGUAGUGGUACUGCACAAGAAUUGAGUAACCUGAGUCAUCUCAGAAGAUUGGGAGUGCUGGAUGUGGCCGAAGAGAAUGUUGGUGACCUCUUUGCUUCUAUUAUGAUGAUGCAGAGCCUUCUGAGCCUGUCUGUAGAAGCAAAACAUUUCAUUGAAGGAACACUUGUCCUCUUGGAAUCGUUCUUGCCCCCACCACUUCUUGAGAAACUUCAACUCGAAGGACGUCUAGAAAGGAUACCAAGUUGGUUUAGCUCAAUGGAAAGGCUCACAAAGCUUAGAUUAGGUUUUUCUCAUCUGUCUGAAAACCCAGCAUUGUUACUUCAGGACCUACCUAAUCUGAAAAUAUUAAUCCUGUGGCAUGCUUAUGAUGGAAAAAAGUUAGGGAAAGAAUUCUGCAGGGUUGGGGGAUUCCCCAAGCUAGAGAUUCUCACCAUUAGUUCACAUGUUCUGGAAGAAUGGACAGAGAUAGAAGAUGAAGCACUACCGAGAUUGCAAUAUCUCCACUUGCGUAACUGUCUAAAUCUGAGGAUGCUCCCAGAAGGACUGCAGUUUGUAACCACAUUGAAGCACCUGACAUUAAUACCUUUACUUAAUGAGCAAGUACAAAGGUUGAAACCUGGUGGAGGAGAGGAAAAUUACAAGAUCAGGUACAUUCCACAGAUAUCAUACAUGCCUAUGUCUGAUCUGCAAGAUUCAUUUCCAUUACCACCAUGCACACCCACUGAGGAGGGAGAUAUGUUGGGGUGAAGAGAAGUUUUAGGAAUCAAGUUAUGUUGACCUGGCACAUUCUGUACUUUAGAGAUUUGACUUUGCACAUAUGCGUGUGUGAGUGUGGAUCUAUUCUCUUUUAUGUUAUUUGUGUGGGAAAAGCUAGGUUUAGCACAAACUGGGACUUUAUAUUAAGAUUCUUACAGGUUCAAAGAAUCAAAUUAAUUAUUUGUAAUUUAUAUUUGAUCAAAUCCUAUUAACAGUUGUGCCUAACACAUUCUCUGUAAUCAAAGGAUUGCUGGAGUUCAAUCACACACUAAGUACAUUAAGG